AUGUUUCAGAUCUCAAAGACUACUCUUAAGACAAAGCAAUGUCUGUCGAGAAGUGAUCAUAAAGUGUCGACUAAUACACCGAAGCAUUUGUGGUGUUGGGAUAUAAUCACUGGUCUAUUGCUAUGGUUGGGAGUCAUCGAAGAGCCGGAAGACCCGCUGAUAUUAACCAUAAAAAGAGGCGUUUAUUGCAUGAAUUGUGAGGAGUAUUCAAAGGCCGAACUCAUCCUCCAUUCGGCUCUUCAGAUGUCUCAAGACAUGGCCUCCGAGUCGGCGGAGAUCUAUGUGUUGGACGUGUUGGCCAACAACUACUUCAAGAGCGGGGACUAUAAGAAAGCGGAACAACUGUUUGCAGUCGUCUUCAAUAGGGUUUUGGGGAAAGGGAUGCAAUCAAACGACGAGUCAAUUAUCGAGAUGUCUGUCAAAUUGUCUCACAUUUACAGCACUUCCGGAGAGACGGAAAAGUCUGAAAUUGGUUUCGACUUCUGUCUCACAGAACAGACCAAACGAGUGGAAAGUUUUAGAGAUAAGAGUUGCGAUGAUAUGAGUCCCGAAGAGAUGAAUUCGAUGGCACUGUUGGGGAUGUGUUACGACUAUUACGGCAAACACUUGUCAUCAUUGGGUCGUUUCGAUAGAGCCAUCGAUAGUCUCAAUAAAGCGAUUGAUAUUUGUGUUAAGAUUAAUGGCUCAACGCAUCCGCAGACUCUGGUUCUGUACAACGAUUUGUCGGCCAUUUAUGUCCACAAAAAGGAUUACCAAAAGGCAGUGAUGUAUCUGAAGAAAGCAAUCGAUGGCGCGGUUCUUACAGAAGACAAGAAUUUAGCCAAAUAUUACCUAAACAUAGGUUUUAUACAUUUGCUUCGCUUUGAGAAAGAUUUAGCUCUCAAUUCUUGCAGACAAUCGCUAUCUUUGGCUCUUCAGACCUCUAAAGACAAGACCAUCGAAGGUAUGGCUCGUAAGUGUAUGAUAGAUGCCGGCAGUCAAUGAUUAGCUAAUUAUGCAGUGGUU